AGAAAAUUUGGCAAAUAUGUCCAGCCCAGCUGUGUUGGAUUCGGGAUUCAGAGCUGCCAGCUUGGGGUACCUGAAAGCCAACGGGAGAAACUGGGCUCUCUACGCAGGAUCCGGGUCUGUCCGACCAAUAACAGAGCCUCGCAGGCCAUGGCCUCCUUGGGAGCGACUGCAGCCAGGACGCCGCAGGGACCGGGACCCGGGGCGGCUGCGGCAAGCGUCCCCAGCCCGGCCCCAGUGCCGGGCCCCGGGGAGGCGGAGGAGGACGACGACGUGGAGGAGCCCGCGGAGAUCCAUCUGUGUGUGCUAUGGAAUUCAGGCCACUUGGGCAUUGCCUACUAUGACACUAGUGAUUCCACCAUCCACUUCAUGCCAGACGCCCCAGACCACGAGAGCCUCAGGCUUCUCCAGAGAGUUCUGGAUGAAAUCAGUCCCCAGUCUGUUGUUACCAGUGCCAAACAGGAUGAGAAUAUGACUCAGUUUCUGGGGAAGCUUGCCUCCCAGGAGCACAGAGAGCCUAAGAGACCUGAAAUCAUAUUUUUGCCAAAUGUGGAUUUUGGUCUGGAGAUAAGUAAACAGCGCCUUCUUUCUGGAAACUACUCUUUCAUCCCAGACUCCAUGACCACCACUGAGAAAAUUCUCUUCCUCUCCUCCAUCAUUCCCUUUGACUGCCUCCUCACGGUUCGAGCACUUGGAGGGCUGCUCAAGUUUCUGAGUCGAAGAAGAAUUGGUGUUGAACUGGAAGACUAUAACGUCAACGUCCCCAUCCUGGGCUUUAAGAAAUUUGUGUUGGCCCAUUUGGUGAGCGUAGAUCAAGACACUUACAGUGUUCUGCAGAUAUUUAAGAGUGAGUCUCACCCAUCAGUGUACAAAGUGGCCAGUGGACUGAAGGAGGGGCUCAGCCUCUUUGGAAUCCUCAACAGAUGCCGCUGCAAGUGUGGAGAGAAGCUGCUCAGGCUGUGGUUCACACGUCCAACUCAGGAUCUGCGGGAACUAAAUUCCCGUCUGGACGUCAUUCAGUUUUUCCUGCUACCCCAGAAUCUGGACAUGGCUCAGAUGCUGCAUCGGUUGCUGGGUCACAUCAGGAAUGUGCCUCUGAUUCUGAAACGCAUGAAGUUGUCCCACACCAAGGUCAGCGACUGGCAGGUGCUCUACAAGACCGUGUACAGUGCCCUGGGCCUGCGGGAUGCUUGUCGCUCCCUGCCCCCGUCCAUCCAGCUCUUUAAGGACAUUGCCCAAGAGUUCUCCGAUGACCUGCAUCACAUGGCCAGCCUCAUUGGGAAAGUGGUGGACUUUGAGGGCAGCCUUGCGGCAAAUCGCUUCACAGUCCUCCCCAACAUAGAUCCUGAAAUUGAUGAGAAAAAACGAAGGCUGGUGGGACUUCCCAGUUUCCUCACUGAGGUGGCUCGGAAGGAGCUGGAGAAUCUGGACUCCCGUAUUCCUUCAUGCAGUGUCAUCUACAUCCCUCUGAUUGGCUUCCUUCUUUCUAUUCCCCGCCUGCCUUCCAUGGUGGAGGCCAGUGACUUUGAGAUUGAGGGACUGGACUUCAUGUUUCUCUCAGAGGAGAAGCUGCACUAUCGCAGUGCUGGAACCAAAGAGCUGGAUGCAUUGCUGGGGGACCUGCACUGCGACAUCCGGGACCAGGAGACCCUGCUGAUGUACCAGCUGCAGUGCCAGGUGCUGGCACGGGCGGCAGUCUUGACCCGGGUGUUGGACCUUGCCUCCCGCCUGGACGUCCUGCUGGCUCUUGCCAGUGCUGCCCGGGACUAUGGCUACUCGAGGCCCCGUUACAACCCCCAGCUCCUUGGGGUACGAAUCCAGAAUGGCAGACACCCUCUGAUGGAACUCUGUGCACGCACCUUCGUGCCCAACCCCACAGAAUGCGGUGGGGACAAAGGGAGGGUCAAGGUCAUCACCGGGCCCAACUCCUCAGGGAAGAGCAUAUAUCUCAAGCAGGUGGGCUUGAUUACGUUCAUGGCCCUGGUGGGCAGCUUCGUGCCAGCAGAGGAGGCCGAAAUCGGGGCGGUAGACGCCAUCUUCACCCGAAUUCACAGCUGCGAAUCCAUCUCCCUUGGCCUCUCCACCUUCAUGAUCGACCUCAACCAGCAGGUGGCAAAAGCGGUGAACAGUGCCACCCAGCAAUCUCUGGUCCUUAUUGAUGAAUUCGGAAAGGGAACCAACACGGUGGAUGGGCUCGCACUUCUGGCCGCUGUGCUCCGACACUGGCUGGCACUAGGACCCAUGUGUCCCCACAUCUUUGUGGCCACCAACUUUCUGAGCCUGGUUCAGCUACAGCUGCUGCCACAGGGGCCCCUUGUGCAGUGUUUGACUAUGGAGACCUGUGAGGAUGGCAGCGACCUUGUCUUCUUCUAUAAGCUUUGCGAAGGUGUUGCCAGCGCCAGCCAUGCCUCCCACACAGCUGCCCAGGCCAGGCUUCCUGACAAACUCAUUGCUCGUGGCAAGGAGGUCUCAGACUUGAUCCGCAGUGGAAAGCCCAUCAGGCCCGUCAAGGAGUUGCAAAUGGAGAAGCAAAUGGAAAACUGCCAGACAUUAGUAGAGAAGUUUCUGAAACUGGAUUUGGAAGACACCAGCCUGGACCUGGACAUCUUCAUGAGUCAGGAAGUGCUGCCUGCGGCCACCACCAUCCUCUGAGAGCCCUUCCUCAGUCCUCCUCCACUUUCCAAACCCCGCUGGGCUGCCGUGCUCUUUCUGUCUCUUUAUCUUCUUCAGACCCAGAGUUCUCAGUUUCCCUGGAAAUUUUUGUUUCAUAUUAGGAAUAAAGUUUAUUUUGGAGAAA